GUAAUCUUAAAAAUAUAAAUAUAGGUUGAUAUAUAAUGACAUCUUAUUGAACAAUUCAUAAAAUAUAUGUUGCAUCAAAGUUGCAGGAAACCCUAAAUUUAGGAUCAAAUUCGUUGCGAUAUGGCAGGAGGUGAUGAUGCGUCACGACUGGAGACGGGAGUGUGGUGGGACCUCAACACGUGUCCGGUUCCCGCUGGUGUUGACCCUCUUUGUGUCCGUCGGUGUAUAGAAACUGCGUUGGAGAAGAAGAUUGGUCGUGCUUCUGCAGUCAGCAUCUAUGCCAUGGGCAACCUAGAAUACAUCUGUAGUUACUUCUUGGAACAGAUCUCUUACUCUGAAAUCAUUCUUAUUCACGCCCCCUGCAGUGUGAUGGAAUUAUAUGGUUUUCUCGAAGAAUGGUCUACAUCCAUGAUCACAACCGAGGGUUCCAAGGGUUACACAAUGCUGAUAUCCGAUGAUUUUAGGAUUGCUGAUCCUUGUCUUUUUCAGCUUUUUCCUGGAUUCACUAAUUUUUGUGCAUAUCCAAAAGAUGGUCGGCCACUUCCCCUUGCCGAGCAAAGAGAUCCUAUAGUGUUGGCCAAUGAGUUUGUCUGGGAAACUUUAUUGUUUGAUAAUUAUGCCUACACAGGUGACAUGACCGUGAGAGAACCUCUCUACAUUUGCAACGUAUGCAAUACUUAUUACGAAAUAUUUGACGAAUUCUUCACUCAUCUCAAGAGUGAAGAACACAGAACGCAGUUGUUUGAUUGUGUGCCCCUCGACGACCACAAGAACCCUAAACAUUUUUGCCAAGUUUGCAAUUAUCUCGCCUUCGACAAUUAUAACUUGCUCCUCCAUACCAAAAGUGAAGAACAUAAUCGGAAGCUGCAGGCUCAAGAAGAGGAUUGCAAGAGCAGGAAGAGAAGUCCACAAUUGGAUCUCGUUGGCCAGAGAAACAAGAUGCAAUCUCUUGAACGAGGCAAACAGUGAACAUCUUGCCUAACGAAGAAGAAGAAGAACAAUAUAUAAGAAGAAGAAGCAAAAGUGCGUGUGGGGUCUUUGUGUUAAGUUUACUAAAUAAUACUUAUUUAUUAUUA